AUGCGCCAAGAGGUCCGCGUCGAGGGCCUGCAGAGCGCCCUGUGGUCGUCGGCUGUCGUGCGCGACGCGGCGGGCGAGGAGCUUGUCUUUUUCGGCUGCGCGGCAGGUGGCGUUGGCGCGCUUCGCCCUGCAGAGGACGGCGUGUGGGCCCCGCUGCGCGGGACGAGGUUUCACUCGCACGAUGUGCGCGCCAUGGCCGCGUUUGAGGGCGGCGUUGUGUCAGCCUCGCUCGAUGCCAGGAUGUGCGUGUUCGCCCCGGCGGAUUUUGUUGACCGUAGGGAUGUCACGUGGGUGCUCCCGUACCACGGCUGCGUCGGACAGCCGCCGGUGCAGUUCUCCAGGCAGGCCCGCUUUAUCCUGGCGCGCCGCAUGCGUGGCAUUGAUCUGUGGGGGCUGCCCGAGGACGCUGCGUCGCCGCCGCUGAAGCUGAGGAUGAACCUCAAGAGCUUUCGCGGCGAGGUGAGCGCGUGCGCCAUCUCGGCCGGCGGGCACAUGAUCGCCGUCGCUGGGCUGGACGCCUUCCGCCUAUACCAGGUAUGGGACGGCGUAGGGAGCGCGCCGGACUCGCCCAGCUUCGGCAAGGUCAAGCCGCUGGACGUACCAGUCAGGGUGGAGCGGCUGCUGAGUGCCGCGUGGGACUUGGCAUUUUGCGGUGCGGCGCUCGUGUGUAUCGUGCAGUCCAAGAUGUCGCUCGCCGUGUAUCAGGACGGGCAGGUCAUGGUCAUCAAGAAGGAGGAGGUGGGGAGCACCGCGUUUUCGCUCGAGAGAAUCGCGUGCGUAAACGGCGGCGUGGGUGUCGCCGACUCUCGCGGCCAUGUGUUUUACGCGCGUCUGGCGCCAGAAUGGGCCAACGGCGAUGUGCAACUGAAGUGGACCAGGGUGUUCAAGCCAGAGGAUGACAAGGUCGUAGCCGUGUCGGCCAUGUCGUUCGCGCCAUCUGGGACGAGCCUUGCCAUCGCAACAAGCGCGCUGAAAGUGUUCAUCGCACGCACGGAGGAGGCGGACGCGGAUGCCGACACGGACGCCGACAAGAUGGUGAGCGCAGGCUCGUUCAGUGGCGUGAUCACGAGCGUGUCGUUCGCGGACAAGGAGGAGUCGGUGCUCGUGUCCGGGGAGAAGUUCUGCUCGGUCAUGUGCACGACACCGUCGUGGCGCAAGAGAAAGCACGACGAGGACGCGCAGACGCCGGGCUUCGAACCGUACGCCCUCCGCGUCGGAGACUCCAUCCUCGGCACGUGCGUGCUCAGCUCGUCCAGGAUCGUCGUCGUGCGCAGGAGGUGGGACCUCGUGCAGUAUUCCGAGUCGCUGCCGGACGCUAUACCGAAGAAGCCGUUUGGGCACUAG